AGAGAGAGAGGGAGGGAGGGAGGGAGGGAGGGAGGGGUUGGUAAAAGAGGCAGAAAGCUGAAACCAGAAAGGAGAGUAAAAGGCCCUCUGCACUUUGUUGCGCAAACACAACACAACAUCAAGUGAAGUAGCUUUCUUGCUUGCAAGCUUCAAUAAAACUAAUUAGGAACGAAGGAUCCUCCACUGUCCACAUCCCACUCUUUCUCUUUCCUUUCCAAACCCUUCUUGUGAAGCAGCAGCGCAUGCAAAAAACUUUAGACAAGGAUCAGCGUCAUCCUAACCGUUUGAUUAUUUCACCGCACAUUGUCUCCUCGCUAUCUGAUCAUUUUGGAGUUUUUUUUUUUACUCUAAUCAAUGGGAGCCCGCUGCUCCAAAUUCUCUUUCUGCUGGUUCCACUCUCACCUUAAACCUUCAGUCCUCGAAUCCUCCGAUCUCGAAAAUGGGGGCAAAAGUGACAGAAACGCAUUUCCCAGUUUCACCGAGUUCAGUUUCGAACAACUGCGAGCAGCCACGUCUGGGUUCUCUUCGGACAACAUAGUAUCGGAACACGGUGAAAAAGCUCCCAACGUUGUUUACGAAGGGAAACUAGACAAUGACCGUUGGAUCGCCGUUAAACGAUUUAAUCGUCUCGCCUGGCCUGAUUCCCGCCAAUUCCUCGAGGAAGCGAGAACGGUGGGGAGCUUGAGGAGUGAGAGAUUGGCGAAUCUGAUUGGAUGUUGCUGUGAGGCAGAGGAGAGAUUGCUUGUUGCUGAGUUUAUGCCCCAUGAAACUCUUGCUAAGCAUCUUUUCCACUGGGAGAGCCAGCCCAUGAAAUGGGCAAUGAGGUUGAGGGUAGCUCUGUACUUGGCACAAGCUCUGGAAUACUGUGGCAGCAAAGGAAGGGCGUUGUAUCAUGAUCUCAAUGCCUACAGGAUCUUAUUUGAUAAGGAUGGUAAUCCCAGGCUAUCUUGCUUCGGCCUCAUGAAGAAUAGCCGAGAUGGAAAAAGUUACAGUACAAAUUUGGCUUUCACCCCUCCAGAGUACUUGAGAACUGGUAGAGUUACACCAGAAAGUGUGGUUUACAGCUUUGGAACCUUGUUGUUGGACCUUCUGAGCGGCAAACAUAUUCCCCCAAGUCAUGCACUUGACCUGAUUCGUGGCAAAAAUUUCCUGAUGUUGAUGGAUUCUGCUCUAGAAGGCCAUUUUUCAAAAGAUGAUGGAACAGAGUUGGUUAGAUUAGCUUCCCGUUGUUUGCAGUAUGAAGCUCGUGAAAGGCCAAAUGCUAAAUCCCUUGUCACUGCACUUAUGUCACUUCAAAAGGAUACAGAGGUCCCAUCUUAUGUUUUGAUGGGCAUCCGAGAAGAAACUGCAUCAUCAACUCUGCCAUUGUCAUUGACUCCUUUUGGCGAGGCAUGCUUGAGAAUGGAUCUCACUGCUAUACAUGAAAUACUGGAUAAGAUUGGAUACAAGGAUGAUGAGGGGAUUGCUAAUGAGCUUUCUUUUCAAAUGUGGACCAAUCAAAUGCAAGAGACCUUGAAUUCUAAGAAGCAUGGAGAUGCUGCUUUUCGAGCUAAGGAUUUUGCAACUGCCAUUGAUUGCUAUACACAAUUCAUUGAUGGCGGAACCAUGGUGUCACCCACUGUGUACGCUAGGCGCUGCUUAUCUUACUUGAUGAGUGACAUGCCGCAAGAAGCUCUAGGGGAUGCUAUGCAGGCCCAAGUGGUGUCUCCUGAUUGGUCCACUGCCUCGUACCUUCAAGCAGCUUGCCUCUUUAGCCUUGGAAUGGAGACUGACGCGCAAGAAACACUCAAAGAUGGCACAAACUUGGAAGCCAAAAGAAACAAAAACUGAAAGUGUAUAGGUCUUUUUUUAUGAUUUUCGUUUAUUAAUUAUUGUUUUUUUUUCUUUUUUAGUAAUUUUGUGUAGGCUCUUGUGUGUAUUCUUGCUUCUCAUUUCUCCAUCCUCAUUUUGACCCAUUGUUGACAUCACAGGAUUCUUCAAUUAUUUUUGUUUGUGUGGAUAAAGUAUAUGCUUCUGCA